UCUGCGUAUUCCAUUUCCUUUCUUGCGAAACAAGCAACCAAAUGGAAGAAAAUUGGUCAUAUGAUUAACGCUCCAUGGAGUCCGAACUCCAAAACCUGGAUUCAAAACCGCCGAAGCCGCCGCCGCCGCCGCGCGCUCCGGCUAGUGAUGACCGCCCUCUCCUCAAGUCCGCCACCGCCGCCGCCGCCUCCGACGAGCUCGAGAAGAAAUUCGCGGCGUUCGUGCGGCGCGACGCCUACGGCGCCAUGGGACGCGGCGAGCUGCCGACGCGGGAGAAGGUGCUGCUCGGCGUGGCGCUCGUGACGCUGGUCCCGGUCAGGGUGGUCGCCGUCGCCACCAUCCUCGUGCUCUAUUACAUGAUUUGUAGGGUUUGCACGAUGCACUCCGUUCCCAAUCGCGAGGACGAGCACCAGGAGGAUUACGCGCACCUCGUUGGGUGGCGGAGGGUCGUCAUUGUUCAGUGCGGGAGAGCCCUCUCCAGGCUCAUGCUCUUCGUGUUAGGGUUUUAUUGGAUUACACGCUCCUAUCGGAUUCCACCUACUCCUGCUGAAAACCCUACCUCCGCGCAGAAGGAAAACAAUGCUCAGCCUGAAGACACGAGUAGACCUGGUGUUAUAAUAUCUAAUCAUGUGUCGUAUUUGGAUAUUUUGUAUCACACAUCUUCCACAUUCCCAAGUUUCGUUGCUAAGAGAUCAGUGGCUAAACUUCCUCUUGUUGGUCUCAUCAGUAAGUGCCUUGGUUGCGUCUUGGUUCAACGGGAAUCGAAGUCAUCGGACUUUAAGGGUGUUUCAGCUGUUGUCACUGAAAGAAUUCGAGAAGCUCAUCAAAAUACAUCUGCUCCAAUAAUGAUGUUAUUUCCAGAAGGUACAACCACAAAUGGGGAGUUUCUCCUUCCAUUCAAGACUGGUGGAUUUUUAGCAAAAGCACCAGUACUUCCUGUAAUUUUAAGUUAUCAUUACCAGAGAUUUAACCCUGCCUGGGAAUCCAUAUCUGGUGUGCGCCAUGUGAUUUUUAUUCUCUGUCAGUUUGUAAAUUAUAUGGAAGUGACACAGUUACCCACUUACUAUCCCUCACAGCAGGAGCAGGAUGAUCCCAAACUAUAUGCUAAUAAUGUUAGAAGGCUGAUGGCAAGUGAGGGUAAUUUGAUACUUUCAGAUAUUGGGCUAGCUGAAAAACGAAUGUAUCACGCUGCCCUCAAUGGUUUGUUUUCCCAAUGCUAACUUGGCUUCAUGGUCAGUGUAUUCGCUGUAUGGUUGUAUUGUGUUAUGAAAGAAAAAGAUAGUACAGGAAAUCCGGUGCUGAGCUAGAUUCAUAUUUGAAUAGUCGAGGUCCAUGGAGAUCCUCUCCAAUGUAGGUGGCUUACAAUAUCAUUGCUGAUUCUGAUUAUUUUAUUUUUUUUGCUUAGGGAGAUUUAAGUUGCAAGUCUGUAACCUAGUAAUGAUUUCAAUCUUAACAAGUGCUUAAGUUUAUGGUAGAAGAGUUAGGGGCGCAGAGAAUAUCGUACAUAUGUAAAAUAUUUAAGUUGAUGUUUAUGAAUUAGAAUUUAAGCGAGCCUGUCAUGAAUUUUAGCAACCAAAUGUUGCCUGUGUAUACCAUCGA